GCGGCGCAGCGUCGAGUGAAUGAUCAGGCCUAGUAGGGCGGUGCAAGUCAAACCGAUCUGGCCGUGCUGACAAAUUCAUGACAUCGAGUGCGCACACAGACAGUAGCUAGCUCUUCAAGCAACGUCAAGACGACAUGUCCCCCGGUCCCUAUGGCUACAGCGCAACGGCGACGGGUGGUCGCCCCAGCUACGAUGCAGCAUCCUCCGAGGACCACGUCGGGUAUCCCUCGCAGUACUCAGAGGAGGAUUACAGCUACUCCCGAGAGCCGUAUCCAUCAGAUUCAUACCAUCAACAGCAAGACGCUCAGGGACGCUACCCACCUGAGCCGCCUUACGAAGCUCAACAGCUGCAGGACGAGAUGCAUCGCCAAGACCUUGAGCUGCAAUCGCCUCAGCGAACGGGCCAAUCAGCCAGGCCCUGGAUACCUACUGGCAAUCAAGCCCUGAUGACGCCCUCGGUCGCGCAGUCAGACUUCCCAGUACCGUCGCCAGGCGGUCUGAUGCCUCCUGGCGACCCCUACAGUCGCAUCAGGCCCCAGAUGUCUGCAUAUUCUUCUCAGAACAAUGUUAGUGCUGCAGGCAGCAAUCUCAACCUGCCGAAUGCGGCACAGUUUAACGACGAUUACCCCCUCCUACCAGCAAAUGGCGACCCAUACAGCGCCUUUCCUGGCGGUUUCGCACCUGGUACAACGCAGAUGGCGAGCGAUGAUGGCGAGAGCUAUGUACGCUAUGGUCGCAUUCCUCAGCGGCAGCCUCGUCGAUACAAAACCGUCAAGCGCGUCGAAUUGUACCACGGCAACCUGGUGCUUGACUGUGCCGUGCCCAAGCGUCUCCUGGCUCUGUGUCCUCGCAAAGAAGAACGAGAGUACACUCACAUGCGCUACACCGCCGUCACGUGUGACCCCGACGACUUUAUGGCCGAGCGAUACACUUUGCGUCCCGUGCUCUACAACCCACCUCGACGUACAGAACUUUUCAUUUGCAUGACAAUGUACAACGAGGACGAGAUUCUCUUCAACCGUACGCUCAGUCAAGUUAUGAAAAAUAUUCAGCAUCUUUGCUCGCGCGAACGAAGCAAAGUCUGGGGAAAGGAUGGCUGGAAGAAGGUUGUCGUCUGCAUCGUCUCUGACGGACGCAAGAACUGCAAUGCCCGUACGCUGGCCGUACUUGCGGCAUUGGGCGUCUAUCAGGAGAACAUCGCAAAGGCAAUGGUGGCCGGCAGGCCUGUGACUGCGCACCUGUAUGAGUAUACCACUCAAGUCUCCAUCAACGCCGACAUGAAGACAAAGACGGCCGAGCGCGGCGUGGUUCCUGUCCAAAUCGUCUUCCUGCUCAAGGAGAACAAUGCAAAGAAGAUUAAUUCUCAUCGCUGGGCAUUCAAUGCGAUGGGACCUGUACUGCAGCCCAACGUCUGCGUGCUGCUCGAUGUCGGCACAGCGCCAGCCGAUAAGGCGAUCUACCACCUCUGGAAAGCUUUCGAUGUCAAUUCGAAUAUCGGCGGCGCUUGUGGCGAGAUUGUGGCGUUGAAGGGCAAGUACUAUCGCGCGCUGCUGAAUCCACUUGUUGCUGCCCAGAACUUUGAAUACAAGGUCUCAAACAUCCUUGAUAAGCCGUUGGAAUCCGUUUUUGGCUACAUCUCUGUCCUACCUGGAGCCUUCUCGGCUUAUCGAUAUAUUGCCAUCCAAAAUGACGCGCGCGGCAAUGGUCCACUGCAGCAGUACUUUUUGGGCGAGACGCUGCACAAGUCACCCAAAGCUGGCCUCUUUUCGCUCAACAAAUAUCUGGCAGAAGAUCGCAUCCUCUGCUGGGCUAUCGUGGCCAAGCGCGAUUCUCGUUGGUUGCUCAAGUACGUCAAGUCAUCGAGCGCCACCACCGACGUGCCAGAUCGGCUUCCAGAGCUAAUCUCUCAGCGCCGUCGUUGGCUCAACGGCUCCUUCUUUGCCGGUCUUGACUAUAUCGUCCAUUUCGGUCAGAUCUAUCGAUCAGAUCACAAUAUCUUGCGCAAGCUUUGGCUGCAUGUACAGCUCAUCUACAACAUCUACUCGCUUAUCUUCGCUUGGUUCUCGAUUGCCAAUCUGUGGAUCAGUUUCAUCAUCCUAACUUCGUCAUUGUCAGACCCUUCAUUCGGUAUCGAAUGGACACACUAUGUCAACAUCGUCCUGAAAUACGUCUACCUCGGACUCAUUGUCAUGUGUUUCCUGCUAGCGAUGGGCAACCGUCCUAAAGGAUCUGUCAAGCUGUACACACUUGCAGCUGUGUCUUUCGGCCUGAUCACAAUCUACAUGGCUUUUGCUGCAGUAUUUAUUUCUGUCAAAGGCAUAAUAAAUGUGAAGAACAGCAUCGAGGCAGACGGUGGCCACUUCUCUGUCGAUGACAUCUUUGGCAACAAGAUCUUCCGCUCGAUUGUUCUCUCGAUCGCUGUCACGUACGGUCUGUACCUCUUUGCGGCACUGAUCGCCUUGGAUCCAGCGCACAUGAUCACAUCUUUCGCUCAGUAUCUCUUCUUGGCACCCACCUGGAUCAACGUUCUGCAGACAUAUAGUUUCGCGAACACUCAUGAUGUCUCAUGGGGCACAAAGGGCUCAGACAAAGUCGAUACUGAUCUAGGUAUUGUCAAGGGAGACGGCAAAAGUGUGGAAGUGUCCAUGCCGACAGAGGAGAAGGACAUCGAGGAGGCGUACGAAGACGCAAAUCAUGUUUUGAUGACAAAGUACAAACCCGCGCCAUCUGUGCCGAACGCAAAGGAAGUCUCUGAAGAUCAUUACAAAAACAUUAGGACAAACACGAUCUUGCUCUGGUCCCUCACAAAUGCUGCUCUCGCCGUCGUUAUCACGUCGACGUCUGCGAGCUCGAAUUAUUCGACUUAUGCGAACAGUGCCAGAGCUUCUGGCUACAUGGCCUGGCUGCUUUACUCUAUGGCAGGCCUGGCUCUAAUCCGAGCCUCUGGCUGCCUUAUCUACAUGGUAUUCUGGUAAGCUCAUGCAUUGAGGAGCUUGCGCGCGGCUGACACGCACGGCAGGGUCUUCACUGGCUGAGCUCGGAUUCAACUGUGACGACCCUGAGACGAUGUAGCCUUGUUGUGCGUUAGUUGCAUUGGUCUGUUGAC